AUGUCAGAAGAAGAAAAUGUCGAAAAUUUUAAUGAUUUUUGUGAUAGAGAUGAUGUAGCCUCUGAAUUCAUUUUAUCACUCUGUUGGGAUUCUGGAAUUCUUGCAGCUUCUUACUAUAAUUUAUCUUCACUGGAAAUAUCUAUAAUUCAUGAAACAAUAGAUCUUCGUCCCGAUCAUAUUCAACUAAGAAAUUUAUUCAGACAAAUUCAACCAUCAUUCCUUGUUGCAUCGGCAUCAAAUCAAUUUCUAAAAGAUCUUAUUGAACUUUUAGAUCUUCCUGAAAACACUGAUAUAAAUAAAUAUAAAGUAUCAGCUUAUAAAUCUGCCAAUGCAAACACAUUCAAUAUUUCUUUUUUCACUUAUAAUCGAAAUAAUCAGCAUAAUGUAUUUCGUAAAAGAAUUUAUGAACUUGAUCUGCCAGGUCUUCCUGCAGAGAGCUCUAAAAGACCAGAUAAUCAGAAAAGAGCUUUUCAGGGUCUUUCGGGACUCACAGAUCAGGGUUAA